ACGUGCGUCCGUGCGUGCGCGCUCCCGAGCCCCCCUGUCAGAGCCGGCGGGAUCUCGGAAUGGCCCCGAAGGCCGCCCGCUGAGAGUGUGGUCCCCAGGAACCCCGAGGUGAAGAUGUCCGGCCCCGGGACAGCCUUGCCGGUGGAGAUGGCCGGCAUCACUCAGCUGUUGGGCGACCUGUGCGAAGCUCACCUGUCUGGCGUGUCCUGGGGCACGUCCCUCGGCCGGCGGCCGGUCAGCAAGGACCGGGCGAGGCGCGGCCUGAAGAGGGUGGCCUACGACGCCCUGUUCGCCAACCUGUUCCGGGACGAGGCCCGCCAGGGGCCGUCCGGCCUGGCCAGGUUUCCCGUGAAAAACCAAGUCCUGAUGCUGUCCUUCGACCUGCGGGUUGGGGGCCUGGGCCCCGAAGCCGACCGGCUGGAGGCUCUGGUGGAGGAGCUGGAGGCGUCCCCCCUUUUGCCCUUCGCCGAGGUCCAGGCCGUCUUGGGUCUCCUGGUGCUGUUGUCGGGGACCGGGCCGCCUCGGCCUCUGCCGCGGAAGAGGGACUACUUCCUCAACAACAGGCACGCCGGCCGAAACGUCGGCCACCGGGGCUACGACGAUUACGACGUCAGCGUGUUCGAGGCGGACGUUCGGUCGCUGAUCGCCGACGAGGAGAGUCAGUGUCGCGACGCCAUCCACAAGUCGCUUCGGGUGAUGGAAGCGGCUCCGGGGACCGGGCUUCCGGCCCUGGGCCUCCUUUCCCAGAGCUUGUCUGUCGGAGACAGGUUUGAGAGGGAAACCCGCGUCUCCCUCUUCGGGGCUCUCGUCCAUAGCCGCACGUACGAUAUGGACAUCAGGCUGGAUUUGCCUCCCGUACCCGACAGCGCGGAUCUGUCCGGCCUUGCCAUCAAAGUCCCCCAGAGCAUCGAUCCCUCGGAAGACGAGGGCUUCCAGUCGGCCUCGAACCUGACUCCCGACUCCCAGUCUGAGCCCAGCGUCACCCCGGACGUCGACCUCUGGGACGCCGUGCUCACGUACGGGCCCAGCAAACGCCGCUGCUGGGAGAGGAUCGGGUGUCCCCCCGGUAAAAAGGAGGAGCCGUUCCUCACGGAGGCCGGGAGAGAAGCCUUCGAUCAUUUCUACCGCCUUCGAGAAGGGGAGCUGCAGGUCCUGAGCGGCAGCUUCCUGCAGCCGCCCCCGCUCGUCCUGCUGAAGGAGCGGCAGCUGGUGAAGGACGCCCUGAACGUCCUCAUCGGGGUCGGCUCCGCCACCUUUUCCCUGGACCAGGCCACCCAGGCGUUCGCGGUCAAGGCCGGAGUCUACGUGUCCGGCGCCUCCCCGGAGAGCGUGAGCAGCCUGUUGGGCGAAGUCGCCGACUGCGGGACGUGCUACACGCGCCUCAGCCGCUUCUCCCUCCAACCGGUCCUGGAUUCCUCCUACGACAAGGGGCUCGUGUUUCAGGCUUUCACCAGCGGAUUGAGGAAGUACCUGCAAUAUUAUCGGGCCUGCGUCCUGUCCACCUCACCCACCCUCAGCCUCCUGACCAUCAGUUUUCUCUUCAAGAAGUUGGGACGCCAGUUGAGGUACUUAGCAGAGCUUUGCGGCAUCGGCCCGACCGUCGCGGGGCCCGGGGAGGGAGCUGGCGCUCGGCCUUUCCCGACGGGGGUGAAGCUGCUUUCCUACCUGUACGAGGAGGCGCUUAACAAUUGCAGCAACGAGUAUUACCCCGUCCUCCUGUCCCUGCUCAAAACCAGCUGCGAGCCGUAUACCAGGUUUAUCUAUGAUUGGGUGUACAGUGGCGUGUUCAGAGAUACUUAUGGAGAGUUCAUGAUUCAGGUGAAUGAAGAAUACCUCAGCUUCAGAGAUAAGCAUUACUGGACCCAUGGCUACGUUUUGAUCUCCAAAGAAGUGGAGGACUGCGUCCCGGUGUUCCUGAAGCAUAUUGCUAAUGAUGUGUAUAUCUGCGGGAAGACCAUCAACCUCCUGAAGUUGUGUUGUCCCGGGCAUUACAUCUGCUCCUCGGAUAUUCCCGUCCCCCGCAUCUCCGUCAUUUUCUCCCUGGAGGAGCUGAAGGAAAUCGAGCGGGACUGCGCGCUGUACGUCGGCCGGAUGGAAAGGAUCGCCCGCUACAGCUCCGUUAGCAAGGAAGAGAAGGGGCUGCGCAUGGACAUCGCCAAGCAAGAGCUAGCCACCCACGCCCGCGAAGCCGCCAAGGAGGCCCUGAAGGCCGUGAGCGAUCGGCAGACGGCCGCCAGGAUGGCCCUGGACGCCAAGAAGCGCCGCCAGUUCCAGAAGCUGAAGGAGCAGUUCGAACGGGACCGGGAGCGUCGGCUGGCGGCCAAGCAAGAGGAGGCGGACGACGAUUUCGGCUACGCCCGGGAGCUGCGGGAGCGGGAGAGCCGGCUGAAGGCCUUGGAAGAGGAGUUGGAAAGGAAGGCAAGGCAGGAGCUGAUGGAGCGCUACGGCAAGCUGUCGGCCGAGGCCGCCGGGCGGGAGCAGCGGGCCCUCUGGGCCGUCCAGCGCCACAGAUUGGACGCCGCCCGGCUCAGCUUCCUGCUCGCCGACCAGAAACGAAUUCAGGAAAUGCUCGACAGCGUUGCUCAAGGAGAGGCCCCGGGUGGAUCGGAGCCUGAGGGGGCGGCCGGCCCGGCCGGGGAAGGACCGGCCUUGGCUCCUCAGACCCUGCCCGCUGGCCUCGAGCCCGCGGGGCACCCCGGGCAGCUCUCACUGCCCUCCCCUGCCACCCCGGCCGCCGUUCACACUCCGGAGGCAGAGGAGGCCGCUGCAGAGGGGGCUCUGCCCGCCUCCGACUCCAGCCUCAACCUGAGCGACUUCCUUCCGGGCCCGGCCCAGGCCCAGGCCCCAAUCCCAGUCCCACGGCUCGAGGACGCUCUGCAGGCCGUUGGCACGGGCCCGACUCCGGCACCGGCACCAACCGGGGAUGGAGAGGCGCCGGAAGGCUCUCGGGAGGUGGACUACGAUUUCAGCUCCGUCCUGCGGCCGACGGCGGGUGCCCCCCCGAGCCCGGGGGCCGCCUGUGGGGAGGCUGCCCGGCCGGUCCCCGACCCUCCUGGCCACCCCUCGGGCUCCCGCAUCCGGGUCGGGGAAGGCCCGUCCGAGGUCCAGGGCGCCCGGCCGCACUGGAACGGCCCCGGCGCGGCCGCCCGCUCGGAAGCGGGAGGGUACGCCGCGGACGCGGGGGCCUCUCGGCCUCGGGGGAGCCUCCACGGGCACGUCUCCGAUGCCAACAUCAGGGUCGGGGACUACGUGUCCGAGGUGGCCUCCGCCAGGCCCCGGUGGAACGUCUUUGGGCACGUAUCUGACGCCAGCAUCAGAGUGGGAGAGAACGUGUCCGAGGCGGCCCCCGCCAGACCCAGGUGGAGCGUCCAUGGGCACGCCUCCGAUGCCAACAUCAAAGUCGGGGAGUACGUGUCCGAGGUGGUCCCUUCCAGGCCCCGGUGGAACAUCCACGGGCACGCCUCCGAUGCCAACAUCAAGGUCGGGGACUACAUGUCCGAGGCGGCCUCCGCCAGACCCAGGUGGAGUGUCCACGGGCACGCCUCCGAUGCCAACAUCAAAGUCGGGGAGUACGUGUCCGAGGUGGUCCCUGCCAGGCCCCGGUGGAACGUCCACGGGCACGCCUCCGAUGCCAACAUCAAGGUCGGGGACUACGUGUCCGAGGCGGCCCCCGCCCGGCCACGGUGGAGCGUCCACGGACACGCUUCCGCCGCCGCCGUCCGAGUCGGGAUCCACGUGUCUGAGGCGGCCCCCGCCAGAGCCCGCGGGCUCCCGUCCCGGGCCAGCGCUCAGCUAGGGGAGCGGACCCUCUCCGUAGACGGCGCUCCGGAUCCUGACUCCUCCGUCCAGCCGUGUGACACAAGUAGCCGGGGGGCGGCGGAUGAGGGGCGGGGCCCCCGAGAAUCUGCUCUAAAGGCAGAGGGGCCGGCGUCCGGCAGCACCUCGGGGGCAACGGCUGAACCAGUGCCGACCGGUGACGAGAGUGAAGACCUCUCCCCGAAUCAGCCCCCUGCCCCCAAGCUGGAGGACCCUGGAGGACCCCGAGGGGCCGAGGCGGAGACCGAAGAAGGGGAGGAGGGCCAGGACGCAACGUGGAAGAAAGAGCAGAGCUACCUGCGGGCCUUGGCAGAGCAGUACUGCCUGGAGAAGUACCGGGACAGCUACGAGCUCAUGUCCGAGCCUCCGGUCUCCCACCUCCUGCACCACGUGGUCCCGCGGGCGUUCUCCUUCCUCGCCGACCCCCAGGCCCAGCCGGACGCGGACGCCACGGCCGUGCAGCUGAGCGAGCUCCUGUCCCUGCCCGUGCUGAUGAAGCACUCCAUCACCGCACCCCUGGUGUCACACGUGUCCCUGGUGAACAAGGCCAUCGUGGAUUACUUCUUCGUGGAGCUCAACGUGGAGAAGCAUUUCGCGGCCCUGAGGCACUUCCUGCUCAUGGAAGACGGGGAGUUCGCCCAGUCGCUCAGCGACAUGCUCUUCGAGAAGCUGGGAUCGGGGCAGACGCCCGGGGAGCUCCUCAACCCGCUGGUCCUCAACUCGCUCCUCAACAAAGCCCUGCAGUGCAGCCUCCACGGCGACUCCCGGCUCGCUGCCAACCUGUCCUUCGCCCUCAAGUACCUGCCCGCGGCCUUCGCCCCCAACGCCCCCGACGCGCUGAGCUGCCUGGAGCUGCGCUACAAGGUGGACUGGCCCCUCAACAUCGUCAUCACCGGGAGCUGCGUCAACAAAUACAACAAGAUCUUCUCCUUCCUGCUCCAGCUGAAACACGUGACGUGGACCCUAAAGGACGUCUGCGUCCACUUGAAGCGCACCGCGCUGUUGCACCCGGCGUCCGGCAGUGCCCAGUUCCGCCAGCUGCAGCUCUACAAGCACGAGAUGCAGCACUUCGUCAAGGUCAUCCAGGGCUACAUCGCCACCCAGAUCCUGCACGUCACCUGGUGUGAGUUCGGCAACAAGCUGGCCUCCGUCGCCAACCUCGAGGACAUCCACCACACCCACGCCGAGUACCUCAACAAGGCCAUCUUCCGGGGGCUGCUGACGGAGAAAGCGGUGCCCGUCAUGAACAUCAUCCACAGCAUCUUCAGCCUCGUCCUGAAAUUCCGCACGCAGCUGGUCUCCCGGGCCUGGAGCCCCGACCCCUCCGGACGCUCACUGCAGCACCCCAACUUCGCCCUCAUCCAGCAGUCUUACAACACCUUCAAAUACUACUCCCACUUCCUCUUCAAAGUGGUCACCAAGUUGGUGAACAGGGGCUACCAGCCUCACCUGGAGGACUUCCUGCUCCGCAUCAACUUCAACAACUACUACCGCGACACCUGAGCCCCGGGGCCGCGCCGAGCCGCAGUGGGACGGAGUGUAAAAUAAGUGUCGGUGUGUAAAUUUCCUGGCCCGAAUGUGUAAAUUUCCCAGCUUGUGAAGGAUGCUGUAAAGGAUGCACGCUGGAGCACCA